UUAUUGUGUGAAAAACAAAAUCCCCACAAGAUGAAAACUACGCUUCAUUCAUUGGUGUAUACUUUAUAGUAUGGAAAACUGGCAGUGACAUGCUAAUUGCAAAAUAGCCACUGUGUGAACUGUGAAAUUUCGAAGCAUUUUCAGGCGAGCGAACACUGGUGAUUACGUUCUGGACUGGUGUUUGCGUCUAACAUUAAAUGAAUGUGAUAUGAUAAAAAAAAAAACCCCAAAAACGAUGGUACCAGUCAAAUUGUUCGAGCGAGCUUAUCCUCAUGAACAGUUCUCAUGUUUCACAGUUAUGAUUCAAGAACUCAGUUAGGAAUUAAAAAAAGAAAACAGAUUGUGUAUACGUUCAGUCGCGAUAUAACUUUGUCUUGGAAUUUUGGAACAACGUGGGUAUGGGUUGUUUGACCCUCCACCACUUGAUGGAUCAUAUUGGAGAGGGUGGUGGACUAAUUAAUACCCCGGUCAUGAUUUGUUUAUUUCAAAACGUAUAUUUCAGGUGCUAAGGUGGGAUUUCAGACACCAAUGAAUUAAGCAUCUUGUUGAUCGCGAAAUAACUGGACGUGAAAACAUAUUUGGUAGCUCAGCGGACUACCGAGUUUAAACAUCUGGUAGCCCGAGCGAGAAAUCGGUAGCCCAAAAAACCUACCCCGGGUUACCGUUAAUGUCGACCCAUGGUCCGACUCGCUAUUAUUCGAGUUCGAGUAGUCUAUGUGGCCACGGAAGGUUUCUUCUCUCACUCUUAAACAAGCCAGUGAACGUGGCAUGUGAACAUAUGUAGGCCCCUAUAAUGUCUCAGAAAUUACUUCUCUCGGAAAUAGAAGAAUGGCACCUAUAGAAUUUAAGUUCGUACAGUCGGUUAGGUAAUGAAGCAAGUGCAUUAAUUAUCAGCUCAGAGAUUUCAAGUUGAGUUUGAACAAAAAUGAUAUUAUUUCGGCAGAUGACAGCACAUGUUUAUCAGACUUGGGAAUUGUGGCCGGUGAUUUACUCUUUGUAAUCACACCACAGCAAGAUGCUGUCACUCCAACAGGAAAUGAUGUCAGUAUGGUUAGUGUUCAAGGCUCUACCAGCAUGGCCAGUUCUCGGGCACAAGCAGCUGAACCAGUUGGAAAUACUUCUAGAAACACCACAGAUGAUGCUAUGAUUGAAGGUACUUCUAGAAACUCCGCAGUUACUGCUGCAUGUAUGAUAGAAGGUACUUCCAGAGAUACAGCAGGUGGUGUGAUGGCUGAAGAUACUUCUAGGGACACCACAGAUGACAUGAUGGCUGAAGGUACUUCUGAAGAAACAGCAAAUUAUUUUAUGGGUGAACGUCCUGUUGAAGAUGACAGUGGUGUGGCAGUGUUUGAUGCAGUGGUGAACAAGUGCUUGAGUGAGCCACUUCUGUGCAGUGAGUCGACACGGAAUGCUGUACCAGCAGCACUUGACCACCUGUUUGCAAAUUCGGGAUGUAGAAGCAAGGGCGAUGCUUUAUGGAUUGUUAUACAUGCAAUGAUGCUUGAAUCUGGCUAUCAGCUGGUGCAGGAUGUGAGGUGUGAUCCAUUGGACUACCUUGCAUUACCAAAAGAUUGGCAGACUCGUGGAUUCUACCGGUUCCCGUACACACACUCUCACACUGAACAUCUUGUCUGUUCUGUCACUGGGGUACCCAUGGGAAGUUCGCUGGUCAUUCACGGACUGGUUGAGGGAUCAUCCAAGUUCCACACACAGCAACUUCAAGUGAAGACGUCAGAGUUUGUUACAGAUGAUCUCACUGGUGCCUUACAGUGUUACAAGAACUUGGAUAAACUGUCAAGAUAUGUCAAGGACCGUAUUUGUCUCCCUUUAGUAAAUGCUGUACGGGCAGAAUUGGGUUUACCAGAUUCUGAGGGUUUGCUGGCGUUGACACAUGAACUCCAGUUGAAGAUAUUCACUUAUCUGGAUGCCUGGAGUGCCCUGAAGGUGGACCAGACAUGCAAACAGUGCCAUUUUGUAGUACGUGACCCGUAUAUCUGGAGGAGACUUUUCCUUCAAGACUUUGGGCGAGCUGACAACCUAAGCUUAUCCAGUCCUUGGUAUAAUUUGUACAAAGCAGAGUACAGAAAGAAAAUGGAGAAGAAAAAAGCUCUGGCUCAGAUGAUGUUUGUGACUCCAAAUCUUCUGUGGGGACCACAUCGGCAUCCACCGCCAGAGUUCCCUCCCUUAUAUCCACAUGGGAUCAUAGGAGGCGACUAUGACCUUCACCCCGAGUUUUAUGGGAUUCCAAACCCGUUUCUGAUCCAUCCUGGCCAGGCAGGACCUGCAAUUCCCCGCCCACGCUUCGACCCAUUUGGUCCAAGUCCUGACCACCAAGACUUUCCUGGAACUGGGAGGGCGGGCAGACUGCGAGGCACUGGUUUUGGAAGCAUCGGUGGUUUCGGACACCAUGCUGGACCACGGUUCUUUUAGCAAGGACUGGCUGAAUUUAUUCACAUUGUGGGGUCAAGACUUGGUGGACCACAGUUCUUGUUAAUUAGUAAGGUUGAAUUUACACACAAUGACACUGGCAUUAGAAGAAAUGGUGGCUACUAAUGCAUGUCUGCCAGGAUUCUUGUUACACAGUCAGAUGAAAAUUUAUUCGCACUGGCCUGGAAGACUAAGUAUAUACUGACAUCCAAAAAACCCUUUACAUACAUAAAUUUGAGUAAGUUGAAAAAUAUUGUUGCUAAUCAAAAAGAACGCAUUUAGAAACCUUACAAACAUUUCACAUGUAUCAUGAAGUGCAUUGGAACGUUUUUGUGUUGAACUUCAUGAUACUUUCAUAUCCCACUGUAUCGGUUGUUGGUUUUUUGUAAUAUAGUUUCCAGCCUUGUAAAGUUUCUUUUCAAAGUCAGUAUAGCUACAGAAGGUGGUGGACUGCUAUUCUUCUAACAAAGACUGGCUGAUUUGACUCAUACUCUGGACUACAACAUACUGAUAUAACUGAAAAAAACAGAACUUAACAAAAGAUUAUUUUACAUGCAUGCAAGUACUGAAUGCAUACUAAAUAGUUCAUGUGCUGGUGAGUGAACAGGUCUUUGUUGUAAAUUAUUUAAUGUACCUUGUACAUGGUUACUUGCACAUGAAUAAAGGUGGGAAUACCUUUAAAUUUGUACAUUUCGCCCUUGAUAGUUACAGUAAGGAAUGUACUCAGUGUUAUUAGAAGUCUAGCUACAGAUAAGUUGGCUAAAUAAAUUAUUUUUCUUGAUUUAGAUUUGUAUGUUUUUAGUUACUUGUAUGUAGUUGGGUAACAGGUCAACUAUGUGUUUUGUAUGCCUGUUAACCAAUCCAGUGCCAAGUAAUGUUUGAUUAAAUGCAACAAAGCAA